AUGAAGUUCUUAGCUUUUUGCGCGGUUGCCCUAAGCUGCUUAGCCUCCGUUCCAGCCGUGAAGCUUGAAUACGACGAAGUGGCUCCAUUCCCCGAGGUUCUACCCACAACGACCGAGAGCAAGGUCGCACUGAAGUUCAAGCCGCAGUUACAUAUCAGCAACGGAUGUCACCCGUACCCUGCUGUUGACGCUGACGGUAACACCAAUGCUGGCCUCGGAAUUACCGAAGUUCUAACUUCGUGCAAGGGAUCGCCCUUGGGCUCGCAAGUGUACGGCCGGGUAACCGAAUACGAAGGUGUAGUGGCCAUCAUGUACGCCUGGUACUUCCCGAGAGAUUACAUGGUUUCGCCGAUGUGGGUCGGCCAUCGUCAUGACUGGGAGCACGCCAUUGUGUGGCUGGACAGCCUGGACACCAGCGCUGAGCUGCUCGCGGUGACGGCGCAGCACUUGCUUGGCUACAAAACAUACAAGCCUCCAAGAGCAAAACACAUGGACGGCUCCAGCGUCAAGCUCAAGUACACUUGGCUCAUUCAAACUCAGCAUUAUCUGUCAGCCACCACGAAAGCUGGCAAAUUUCAAGACUUGGCCAUGUGGAGCAACAUGACUGAUGCAGCACAAGAUGCGCUGGGAAGCACAAAAUUCUUCUGGUCUCAGGCGCCAAUGAACGACGCAAAGUUUCAAAGCAACAUCGAAAAAGCAUAUCCGUUCUAG